AUGACAGUAAAUAUGGCUUCCGCCAGGAAGAAAUUGGACGAAAAAAACCUAAAAAUCUUACGAGAACUUGUUUCUUUGCCUGAGAAUAAACAUUGUUUUGAUUGUCAUCAGAGAGGACCUACCUAUGUUAAUGUGACAAUAGGUUCCUUCAUAUGUACAAGAUGCUCCGGGUUGUUGCGUGGCCUCACUCCUCCACAUCGGGUGAAGUCUAUUUCUAUGGCUACAUUUACUUCUGAAGAAAUAGAAUUAUUAAAAUGCAGAGGAAAUGAGUAUUGCAGAAAAGUUUGGUUGAGUUUGUACGAUGGUGAUAGUAUUUCUAAGGAUGAACAACAAAUCAAGGAAUUCAUGAUAGCAAAGUAUGAGAGAAAGAGGUAUUAUGUGAAGCCCUCAGACUUGGAGAAAGGAAAAGAUUUAACUAAUAACUCCUUUAGUUUUUAUCCCCAAAAUAUGUCUAAAUUGCCUGCAUCAUCUGUAUCAUUAACAGCUCAAAGUGUAAACAAUAAUGUGAAUAGAAACUAUAAUAAUAAUAUGUUUUCUUCUCAAGAGCCAAAGGAAGUGGUUAAAGUUCCUGAUCAAGAUCCAUUUAGUGCAGCUAAUGUAAAUAUUUCUUUGAACCAACCAAUUGAUAAUUUUGCUAAUUUUGAUAAUAAUCCAAUAUUUGAUUCUGUUUCAUCAAAUUUCGUCCCUGUUUCUCAAGAUCAUGUUUCUAAUAAAAGUCAACCACCCAGUGAAGAUAAGUAUGCUGCUUUGAAAGAUCUUGAUUGUUUGAUGAAAUCUCAAACACAACAGUCAUCAGAAUCUUCUAAUACCUCUGUUGUGGAAUGGGAUUCUAAUAAUAUUUGGCCUCAAGCACAAAGUUUUAACCAAUCAUCUGCAUUUGAUGCUUCUUCAGUAACAAAUUAUAAAGAUUUGAAUCCGUUCACUGAUGGAAAUCCUGAAGUUAUUUGGAACAAUGAUUCUGUUGGAAAUCCUUUUAAUACUGAUUUUCCUUGGGCUUCUGCAAAUGGACAAAUUUUAUCAACAGGUUCAACUACCAACCAAUCAUUGCAUUUUAAUCCUACUAAACCUAGGAAUUCAGGAGUUACUCCUAAUCCAUUUACUGUGAACAGUAUUGGCCAAAAUGUAAACCAUCAUUCUAACAACCCUUUUCUGUGA